AGUGAGGACUAAAGUUAAGAUGGAUGUCGAACAAGGCUUAUGCUGGCGAUGUGAAACAAACAAAGCAAAGAAGAAGUGUACUCGUUGCAAUAUUGCUGAGUAUUGUGGAACUCAGUGUCUGGAUCAUGACAAGAUCAGACAUAAAGUAGAAUGCGACAUGUGGAAUAGAGGCAAAGAGUGUGCAAGAUGUAAGAAAAAAAUUAAAUGCUCAUCGUGUUCUGCAUGCAAAGAAAUUACGUAUUGCAGCCGAGAAUGUCAACGCCAACAUUGGCCAUCUCACAAAACUGAAUGCAAACAAAUUCGCCAACAAUUGAAAACGUUGGCUGAAAAGCACAGAUUUCACCUUCAGUGGCAUAAUGAAAUGCAAACGAUGAAUGAUUUCCCUUACUAUUUCGGGAACACUCUUGCUGUCGAUGUACUGAAACUAGGCUGCAACGAAGCAGAACCAUCUUCCAAAAAUGUUGUUUCUCAACUUGCAAGAGAUUACAACAUCUUAUUCGCAGGUGUUGGAGACUUACGCAAUCUCCUGCUUACAACAGCAUCACUUCCAAGCAACUUCACAGGUAAUGUUAGGUUUACCCUAAACGAUAUCGAUCCAUUUGUUCUAGCUAGAGGUGCACUGUUCCUGUAUAUGAUGAUAACUCGGAGUUCAAGAGAAUAUAUCGAGGUGUCAAUCACGAAUGUAUGGUAUUCGAUUCAACUCCCAGAUGAAGAUUUCUAUCUUUUGAUGUCAGCCCUCAGUGAACUUAUGGAACACACUGUCGAAACACUGAAGGGUAAGACAAACAAUCUUCUGGAUGUAGAGGAGAAGGAUUUUGAAAUGAUGAAAGAGAUUUGGAAAAAGUGGAGAGAAAUGGAAUGUAAUACUGGAAAGUAUAAUUCCAUUCAUUUGUCUGCUCAGAGAUCCAGCAUAUUUGACAGAGAUCCCGGGUCAUCAAAUGGUAUAUCGACUUACAUUCAUUUGAUUCCGCAAGAGUAUCGCAUAUCUGCAAAAAAAUACUUUGAAAACGGAUUGUUUUUACCAAAUGAUGUCCAUAAAAGAACCGAAUUGAAAUAUGAUAACCCUACCUUAACUGGACGCCCAAGGUUUGCGGAAAAAAGCGUGCAUGUUCGGUCAAGACCAAAGUUUUAUAACUUCGUAUACUGCAUCCGAGCUGAUGUAUUGCCAUUCAAUGGCUGGGAUUACAUCCAGGCAAUAAAAGUAUCGCAACCAAACUCAAUCGUUGAUCUAUUCCAUACGUACAUUGCCAGCAUCAUAAAAUCUGCAUUAAUAUUUUUUGAAAGAAAUAUGAUCUAUUCAAAACCCAUUCUCAAAAACUGUACAGAUCUUUUUAAGUUACCUAAUGCAAAGCCUGAAUUCGACCGUAUUAUGACAUCAAACAUUGCAGAUUACAUUAACAUCAAGGUACUGCUAUCAUCAAUGCGCCCUCUUCUGAGCACAACUAACAAACAUGCCGUACUUGUUACAGAAAUAAUGAACUGGACACGCUGGUGUCCAGAGGCAGAUUUGGGAAAUCCACUGAAUGCAUUCAAGAUAUACCGCUUAGGAUUGCCCGAUAAAUUGUUUCAAGACACAGGGCGCCGUAAUGAUUUUGAAAAUAUGCUUCAAGGUAUGAAAGCUUACUAUGACGACACUACAUUUUUCAUUCGUUACUUGCGCAUUUUGUUUCUUGCGACAACUAAUGAAACGUCAGUAGAAGAGAUUCCAUUCUUUCUUAAAUCUUUUGAAAAUAUUGAAGGUUUUUGUCUCAGAGAUUUCACAAAAGAACUUAAUAAGGUAAUUCCAUUUCGAUAUCGGCUGAACACAAGGCUAUGUAAUCAUUGUACUGGAUUUGAGAGAAAUUUAGAAUGGCAACUGGUUUAAAAUAUAGGCCUAUCAAAAGAUCAGAACACACAAUCAAGUCAAAAGGAAAAAAAAGAGAUGCAGAUUGUGUGAAACACAGAAUGUUGGGUAGCAAAAGGCCAGGUGAGAAAAAGGAGGAAAAAAGGCCCGAUAGUAAAAUAUUGUGUUGCUUAAGGCUCGAAGGUAAAAAGCCGUGUAAAGGAAUCAUGACGACAGAUUUCCAUAUGGGAUACUAGUGUCACGAAAAUUCGGGUACCAUCGAGAAAUUAGGUUCCAGACCUAAAUUCUCGUUUAAGCGAAAAUUUUGGGUUUCGAUAAAUUAAGUUCCACUCUCACUUUAUGGCCCUUAUAGUACAGUGCAUAAAUAUUUUCUAUGUUUUGAAACUAACGAACUGAUCGUUAUUAAGGAGGUGAACUUGUAUUUGGAACAAAAACCGUGAAAAUAAGCAGAAAAUAUACAAUUUUGAAUGUUUUUUAGUCUUGUUAAUGCUUUAGUACGCGUCUGCAAAGACUACGAUGCUGACCAAAUCCCAUCACUGCUGCAAGAGCAGCGCGAAGAUUGUC